AUGCUCAGGAGAGCACAACAGGCAGUAUACUGGCCUGGCAUUGAAGGGGACCUGAGGCACCAUCGCAACUGCUAUGACACGUGCAACAUACACACCCCCUCUCAACCCCCUGAGCCUCUUCUCUUCACUCUGCCCCCUGACUAUCCCUUUCAGCAGACUGUGGUGGAUUUGUUACAGCUGGAGGGACACGACUACGUCUAUGCAGACAGGCUCACGGGUUGGCUGGAGGUGUCUCACCUGCCUGAUGGCACAGAAUCAGGCAGAAUUAAGGAUGUGCUGCGUCACCACUUCUCGAGAUGGGGUGCCCCAGAGCAGCUCUCCAUGGACGGGGGUACCAAUCUAGGGAGUGAGGAGAUGAAGAAUUUCCUCCAGAAGUGGGGGGUAGGUGUUCGGGUGUCCUCGGCGCACUUCCCACAGUCAAACAGAAGGGCAGAGGUGGUCGUGAAGUCCGCCAAGAGGAUACUACGGGGAAACAUUGGAGCUGAUGGCAGUCUUGACAACGAUAAGAUCUCUCUCGCCUUGCUCCAGUACCUUAACACACCUCUACGGGACAUCAAUAGGUCACCGGCUCAGCUGGCAAUGGGCCGCCAGCUACAGGAUGGAGUACCAUCAGUGAAAUGGAAGCUUGAGGUGGACAAUUUUUGGGGGAGGACGCUGCGGCAGCGGGAAUGUCAGAUGGCGGACCACCAUGACAGAGUGGUGGCUGACAGGAACGUCACAAGCUCCUGCGCGUCUCUUGCACCUGGUGACAGGGUUCUCGUCCAGGACCACCAGCACGGCAGGAGAUGGAACAGAGCAGGUAUCGUCAUAGAAGCAAGGGACCACAGGCAGUAUCUUGUCAGACUCGACGGUAGUGGCCGCAUCUCCCUCAGAACGCGGCAACAUCUGAGGCCGGCACCAGAAGCCUCCGAUACUGAAGACCUGGCACCACCGACUCCACUGCCUCCACUAUCCCCUCCCUCCCCAGCGCCCCGAAUGGAUGGAGAAGGCAGGCGCGCCAGGCGGCCCCCGAGGUGGCUGAAGGACUAUGUGCAGUAA